AUGAUGGACCAUAUCCCUCCAAGUCUUGAUACCUUGCCCGUUGAGGUGCUAAGCACCAUCUUCUGCUUGUUGGACCCUAUCGGUCUCAUAGCUGUUUGCCAAACAAACACCAGGUUCCGAGCGGUCGUCGAUCCGCAACCAAUCCAUUUCGUUGAAAGACUGCUUCAACUCGAGUGUGGGCCACAUGGCGGGGGUAAUCCAACAUUCCGCGUCAAAGACAACCAUCUGACUCCGAAUCCCGCAAGUGAUGAAUGGGAAAGCAUUCGCUGGGCAUGUAGCGUUUGUCUGAGAUUACUUCCCCAUGAAGAUUUCUCCAACCACUAUCUUUUUCGCCUAGCGUACCGAAAGCCACUCCCAGGUUCCCCUGCGCAGAAUCCGCUCACAAGCUGGGCACCAUCCAAACGCAAAGGCCCUGCCAUUGCACGACAGAUAGCUGAGAAGCAAGCGAUUGAAGACAAAGAGGAACGAAAGAUGAAACGUCGAUAUGAGCUUGCAACGAAGUAUGAUUGGCGGCCCAGAUCAGAAGUAAGACUCAGGGCUUUCCAGGCCAGCGGAAUGAUCACAUUCCAAAGCGUCCACACCAACGAAUAUCUGGAGCUCAUGAGCGAGAAAGAAGAAAACGCUCGCUUGGACCAGGAGGCUCAUUGGGUCGAGUUUGCACGGUGUGGAUUCCGUCGUCACAUGCGCAAAUGUAACGAGUGUCGUUUCAAAGACCGUGAUAUUGCAUCUCACGUCAGUCAUCCAUCCUCUGCUGGUCGGCCUGUACAAGGGUAUGAACUAGGCACGUCGAAGGUCCCCAUUGUGAUCAGUCGCCAGUAUCCUUUUGAGAACGCAUUGGAACGAUAUUUCCCCGGGGUCGAUGAAGCUCUGAAAUUUGAAAGACCGGUCGACGAGUCCCUUGAUUACACCUCCCACUGGGAUGACCAAGGUAACAAAUUAUGGACUACUUACAAUGUCCGAUGUCCAAGCUGCUCAUUGUGGCAAGAGAUGCGUGAAUUCCGGGUUGGUGGCGUUUUCAACAGGUGGGCACCAAAGAUUUGGCCUCAGGGAACGCUUUGCAAUUGGGACGGAACGAAGCUCACCCCAGAGUUCAUCGACAACCUGCAGUGCAAUUAUUGCUAUGCCCUGGCAAACGGACGAGAGAAGCUUCGCGCGGUCCUUGUCAAAUGGCUCAACCUUCUCCUCGACAAGGAGCGAUCCCGGCUAGGGGGCAUGAUGUUCGGAGCUUGGGAAAGGCUUCUGAGACGCAAAAGGGAUGGGCAGAACUUUAGACACUACCCAGAUAUCAAGAAGGUGAUCUCGCGCGUCGAGGAGUUUUUUGAUCACUUUGACGAGCCCCGCAACUUUGGUACAUGUACCCUCGACGAUAUCAAGAUGUCCAGGAUCCUUUAUGAUGAGUGGGUAAUUGCGUGGGAAGACAUGCAAGAAAAUCGUCGCCAAGGGGUGGUAUAUCCCAAUAAUAUGGACACAGCAUGGUACAGGCAUUAUGAUUCCAUUGAGACUCGGUUGAUAUGGGCUAUUGGAUGCCAGGCAAAGUUGACGGUUGACGGAGAUGUUUUGGUGGAUUGGGCCUUGAAUGUUUGA